GGCACGAGAGCGGAGUGGAGGGACCGAACAGCUGACCGCCUCGCGCAACUUUAACGCGGGUGAUGGAAUGCUCGGAGAUCUUCUUGUACAUCUUCCUCGUCUCGCACUACAUCUUCAACGUCCUGUUCGUCUCGUGGCUUUUCAUCAGUGGGAUGCCCACAGAGCUCACCAACUAUGGAUUGCCUAAUUGAAGUUGGGCCACCUGAUCCUGUUUGCGCCAGGACAACCGAGCAAUAUUAGAGUAAGAGAAGUCGUUAUGGACAGUUGUGCAAGUCGUGCAUUUCCUGCUCAGAGAGCUGCUGUCGAAAGCCGAAUUUCAACCCCAGGAUACUCCAUCUGUUUGCGCGUAAAGGACGUGGACAUAACGGCUCCAUCCGACGCUGCCUGAAACCACCCGCGCUAUGUUUUAGUAAUUAUGGGGGAAAGCUGUAGGUAGAAUAGAGGGUUUGCUUGUGUGACUGUUUUGCUUCUGCCGGCUUUGAUGAGAGAGUGGCGGCCAGCUUUUAUUGCGCGCAUACCAUUUGUGCGCCGCAGUUGAGCCGCUCCGUUGCCACAGCCGCGGAGGUUUCCACCGCAGCAGGACCCGCAAUCUGUGACAGGCAACAGGCCUCACCAGCCUGAGAAAGGUCUCACCGGACACCCUUUUUGAAGUCCUGUAAUUCAUUUGAACUUUCAGUGCGACCAAGAGAGUUUUUAAAGCUGCAUCCAAGUGCACCUGUGAGGCAGUAGCAAGCCAUGGCUUUACCAGAUAGUGGCAUAUCUGCAGAGGAGGUACCCUUCCCAGAGAUUAUAGAACUCAAUGUUGGCGGGCAGGUGUACAUAACCCGCUAUUCGACCCUCACAAGUGUGCCAGACUCCCUGCUGGGGGAGAUGUUCAGCAGAAAGUCAGCCAAAGGACUUGCCAGGGACACCAAGGGCCGCUUCUUUGUGGACCGUGAUGGUUUCCUGUUCCGUUACAUCCUGGACUACAUGCGGGACCAGCAGCUGGUUCUCCCAGACCACUUCCCCGAGCGUGGCCGUCUGCAGAGGGAGGCUGAGUUCUUCAACCUGCCCGAGCUUGUGAAGCUCCUGGCACCCAAAAUCAGCAAGCAGAACUCCCUCGGCGACGAAGGAUGCCAGAGCGACCCAGAGGACUCCUCGCCUGGGAUCGACACAGCCCGCAACCUCGGCUCCCUGGGUGCUGCCGCUGCUGCCUGUGCCAGCCUGGUGCCCGGCGCCAUGGACAGCAAACGGUCUGGGUUCAUCACCAUUGGCUACCGAGGCUCAUACACCCUGGGCCGUGACAGCCACACCGAUGCCAAAUUCCGCCGGGUGGCACGGAUCAUGGUGUGUGGGAAGACCUCUCUGGCCAAAGAGGUGUUUGGGGAGACGCUGAACGAGAGCCGUGACCCUGACCGCCCCCCCGAGCGCUACACCUCCCGCUACUAUCUCAAGUUCACCUUUCUGGAGCAGGCUUUUGACAAGCUGGCUGACGCAGGUUUCCACAUGGUGGCCUGUAAUUCCACAGGAACCUGCGCCUUUGCCCAUGAGCAGACGGACGACAAGAUCUGGACCAGCUACACUGAAUAUGUGUUCUACCGUGGCUCAUCAGCAAUUUCCAAGGCAGCGACCUCUGACCUCCCAGCUGUCACUGAAGUGGUGACCUCUGAACCCGCGACUGUACACACAGAAUCAGCCCCAGACCAGCCCAGCAGCACUGGCCGAACCCAAAGUCUUCCAGAAACCAGCAGCAGCAGCGGCACAGCACUGGACAUACGAAACCCGCUACCCCUGGACUCUCCUCCUCCUCCGACGCCUCCUCUUCCUCCUCCACCUCCUCCUGCUGUAGACUACUCUGACCUCCCACCUCUGUCCCCUCCAGUCCUACCUCCACCUCUACCAUCCAAACAUUUUUCUACCUCCACUCCUCCCACUCCCCAAACACCGCCUCCCGCGGAGAGCCCCCAGCGUCCCACCACACUCCACUUAAAGACGCUGCCACGGCCCACUGUCAAGGAGAAUGGUGGCCCCCUGCAGGGGGCGGAUGAGGAUGAGGAGGAGAGGAAGAUGCUGGAGGAGGAUCUGAAGAAAUGCAUUGAGGACUUCAAAAAGAUCCGCUUGCCCAGAGCAUUUCCGGAUCGCAAGAGGCACUGGCAAAGUGACUUGCUCAAGAAGUACAAUGCGUAGAGCUUUGCUGUGGCACCAUGACGAACAAACUUGACAAGGAUUUUAUAACAAUGGCAUGAACAUGUUGUGAGACGCGGACUCCACCUUUAUAGUCACAUUGCUCUGAUUCAAGCCGUGUGAAGCUCGCUUGAACCUCUAAUGUUGUAGCUUUUGCAUGUCAACAGAACUAAAUUGUUUGAUUAAGUGUAGUGUUUAGACUGAGCUCGUCCAGCAAUCACACAGCUACAAUUUAAACAUGGAGAUUUGUCUUUUCCCCAUAGAGAUUGUUAGUGACACUCCUUUUUCCACACAGUUAUCAGGAGACAAAAUACUUUGAAUCAUCUUCUUUUCACACACUCAAAGGAUGUAUGUGAUGUUGUUAAUUAAAGAUUUCUGCCCCGCUCUCUGUACUGUGUCCACUGAUCAAGCAACUGGAAAAUGUAAGCUAAGUGUGAAUUUUUAGGC